AUGGCCAGCAGGAAAGUGAUUGCUGUGUUUGGAGCAACAGGUGCUCAGGGGGGCCCCGUGGUCAAGGCACUUUUGGACGCCAAACAUUUUGCAGUGAGGGCAUUGACCAGAGACGUGACUAAACCCAGUGCCCUGGCGCUCAAGGAUCUUGGUGCUGAGGUGGUGAAAUGUGACCUGGAUGACGAAGCAUCUUUAGUGGCAGCUUUAAAAGGUGUCUAUGGAGCCUUCCUGGUGACCAACUUUUGGGAAUAUCUCGACCAAGAGAGGGAAGUGCGUCAGGGGAAGCUGAUGGCAGAUGUUGCCAAGCGCCUUGGUCUGAAGCAUGUGGUGUUCAGCAGCCUAGAGUACAUCCAUAAGCUAUCCGGGGGAAGAUUGACCGUGUCAUACUUUGAUGCCAAAGGAAUAAUGGAGGAGUAUUUUUGGUCCAUUGGAGUCCCCAUGACCAGCGUCCGUGUGCCACCUUAUUUUGAGAAUUUUCACAAAGCUGCAAAACCUGUGAAGGCCUCUGAUGGAGAUUACUACACCUUGAGUGGUUAG